GCGGUUUGUCUCUGUAGGGACACCGUAUGUUGUUCCUUAAAAGCAAACACGAGAAAACUAUAAAUAGAAAGUUUAAUUUUCCUGCGCAUUGCCUAGCGUUGAACGACAAUGCAGCCAGUGAUACAGAUUAAUCAAGAAGACAACAAAUGGGACAUUCGCCAUAAAGUGUGGGAUUACAUUGAGAACAAAAAUCUGGCAAAUUUCCCUCGACCUGUACACAACAGAAUUCCCAACUUUAAGGAUGCAUCUCAUGCUUGUAACAGACUCACAGAUCUGCACAAGUUCAGGUCCAGCAGAGUGGUCAAAGUGAACCCGGACAGACCUCAGGAGCAGUCACGCUUCAUUACUUUAUUUGGGGCUCUAGAGGCCUGUAGUGUGUUGUCAAACUUGGAGGCCUUUACAAAAACCACUGCGGUUAAGGUGGAUCCUGAUAAACCACUAGAAGGGGUUCGAUUAGCUGCUCUGCAGGCAGGAAAAACAUUGCUUGUUCCAACACCUCGUCUGAAAACAGGAUUGUUUAACAAGAUUGUUCCUCCACAAGGUGCAACCAAACAAGUAUUGCAUGUUUGUUCAACUUCACAGGGCAUUAAACAGUUCAGUGUCCCUGUUGGUUUGGAAGACAGUGUUCAGGUGAAUCUUGUCGUGAUUGGAUCUGUUGCUGUAUCUGAAAAUGGUUACAGAAUUGGAAAAGGUGAGGGUUUCGCGGACAUGGAAUAUGCCAUGAUGGCAUGCAUGGGAGCUGUGUGUGACUCCACCGUGAUUGUCACUAUCGUUCAUGACUGCCAGGUCAUGGACAUUCCAGAGAAACUCAUUGAAGAUCAUGACCUCACAGUUGACUUUAUUCUAACGCCAACGAGAAUCAUCCAAACUGAAUGUGAACGGCCCAAACCUCAGGGCAUCAUUUGGUCAAAGCUGGACACAGAAGUGCUGACAAAAAUACCUAUUUUGAAGAAACUAAGAUUACUGGAGCAGAAUGCAGGGAAAGAUGUGACGUUAAAAACACCACCUGCUGGAGAAUAUGAGAAUAACAACUUGCAAGAUGCCUGUCAAAGUAAAAUCCAGCCUGAGCUAAAAUGGGAACCUAAUUGUGAUCCUAAAAGUAAGCAGCAGCAGCAGCAGGGACAUUUGACUUAUGAAGAUGACAAACAUGCUAGAUUUAAGGAUAAGUUGCAUAUAUGCCCCAGCAGCAUUAUAUACCUUGGCGACAUUCCCGCAAGGUUGCGAGUGAGUGAGCUGAAAAACCUGCUGAAAGAACAGGAAGCCGUUCCUUUGAGAAUCAACUGGCAGGGGGCGCAGCAAAGAGCCUUCCUGCAUUACGCUGACAGCGCUAGAGCCGAGCAUGCUCUCCAAGCUCAAAACCUCACUGUUCACGGCAACACCCUGCGAGCUGAAUAUGCCAAGAGUCAGAAAUCCAAAGAAAAGGAGGGAAUUAAGAUAAAAGACUUCCAGGAUGUAAAAAAUCAUCCAUAAUCUAAUAUUGUUAUAUUAUCUUACCUGAUUACCUUUCUACACCAUUAUUGAUGUAUUAUAGCAGUAAAAACAUGUUUUGCAGAAUGACAGUUAAGUCCUGACGAAAAUAAAGUUUUA